AUGUUAGGGAAAUGUGGGAAUAACAUGCGACGUCACUGCCAUGUACAGUAUGUCGGAAUAGUGUCAGGGACAAAUGCGCGUUCAAAACAGGUGGGAACUCGGAAUUCUCCGACUUCAGUGCGUUCAUGAUAACUGGGAGCUCGAAAAAAACGCGCUCUGACCGGGAAAAAUCGUUUUGAACGUUCAUCCAACUGGGACAAGACCUAGACAGACCGACUGCCAAUUGAUAGAUUGUAAUAUUGCCUAAGCCUACUACAUCUGAUCAGUGUUUUUGAGUGUGUAUAAGAAAAGAGCACAUCAGUCCAGUCGAACUCUAUCCAUCUCAUCCCUUUAAAUCUGACAAGGUAACCAACAACCAGGCGUUUACCUCUGCAUUGCAUUCCAUUUAUGCACAAAAACUAGCCUAAGAGCCCAAACACAGGUGGAAUGAAUUCUCCUCCUGUCGCAGCAGAGCAGGCUGACAUCCCUCUGUACAGUAUAAGAAAAUAUGCCUUCUGCAUUUAAUUAAUUCUGAAGGAUUUUGUUUUUGUUCUUCAUAUCCUUGUCAACAAAGUGCUAAAUAGUCCUAAAUUCUAGACCUCUGCUCAAUCAUAUAAUGAAUAAUGUAGCUAUUGAGCAAGUUGAAGAGACUAAAUAACUUGGUGUCACCUUGGAUUGUAAACUGUCAUGGUCAAAACAUAUUGAUUCAAUAGUUGUGAAGAUGGGGAGAGGUCUGUAAUUGAUAAAGAGAUGCUCUGCUUUUUUGACACCACACUCCACAAAGCAAGGCCUGCAGGCUCUAGUUUUAUCUUAUCUUGAUUAUUGCACAGUCAUAUGGUCAGGUGCAGCAAAGAAGGACCUAGAAAAACUGCAGCUGGCCCAGAACAGAGCAGCACGUCUUGCUCUUUACUGUAAUCAGAGGGCUAAUAUCAAUACUAUGUAUGCCAAUCUCUUGGCUAAAAGUAGAAUAGAUACUGACUGCAUUCCUUCUUGUUUUUAUAAGAAACAUUAAUGUGUUAAAAAUUCCAAAUUGUUUGUAUAGUCAACAUACACACAGAACUGACACACACACUUACCCUACCAGACAUGCCACCAGGGGUCUUUUCACAGUCCACAAAUCCAGAACAAAUUCAAGAAAACGUACAGUAUUAUAUAGAGCCAUGAUUGCAUGGAACUCCCUUCCAUCUCAGAUUGCUCAAGUGAACAGCAAACCUGGUUUAAAAACACAGAUAAAGCAACACCUCACCACACGCCUCUCCGCUAUUUGACAUAGAUAUUUUAUAGAUAUUUAUUUCCAAGCCGUCAGAGUCAAAAGAAAAUCCAGACUCCACUGAAACCGUUUUUGCGGAGGGAAAAACUUAAACAGAAAAUGGUGAAGACGGCAGCCAGCCAGCAGUCCCUGGGCCCUCUGGUUCGUCCAGCUCCUCCAAGGUGGUCAAACCCUUGGAGGCAUCCGGGAGCAAGAGGUCCAUCCAGACCAUGGAAGAGAAGUCGGAGACCUACAAAUCUCUCUUCACCAGCCACAGUUCAGCCAAGCGCACCAAAGACCAGAUAUCCAACUGGGUCAUCCACACCCCCUACCACUUCUAA